GCAACACCCAUAUCGAAACACAAUAAACACAAAGAACAAACUAACUGAAAAAGGUGACAUAUUUACGCAUAAAAAUGGCAGGCCCUGGUCAGCAUUACCCGAUGUCCGUGCCUGCUUCGCUGCCUUCCGAAAUGAUAGCUGGAAGCCAAAUUGGCUCACAGGGCCAAAUGUUUUCAUCGCAACAAGGUCCUGGGUCUCACGAAAGUGGGCUUCCACAUCAACAGUCAUUUCCCGGAGCCUCUGGAUCUUCCCAGCCACCACAGCCACCGAUGAUGUCGCCAACCAAGCAAGUGAACCCGGUUUCUCUGUGUAAGAUGGGCCAGGAGUCUAACCAGGAGCUUGUUACUAAACUGCUGGACGUCUUCAGACUCUUCAAAUCAAUGCAGUUGCCAAAUGGAACGAACAAUGCACAAUAUCACGAAAGAAGGACAAAAAUUGAUGAUAAUUUAAGGGCACUUCAGAUGACCUUCAAGAAGCUGAGAUUUAUCUAUGACAAGACCAACCAAAUGGUUCCCGACCCAGAUGAAAACCCAGAAGAGGUUCUGGUGCCGUUAAAAGGAGACCCAUUAGUUGAGAAGAACACCAACACAGACGCCUUCAAAUUAGCUUCCGAUGAACAUGGACAACUGAUCGAGCAAAUCCAGUUGAAGAACCAUGAGAUGAAAGAAGUAAUAGACAAGAUACGCACAAUCAUCUGGGAAAUAAACACCAUGAUAGUCAUGAGGAAAACGUGAUAGCGUUUAGGGCUUAAUAACUUGUUCUGUGAGUUUAACACUAUGAUAAUGUCAUGAGGAUAACGUGAUAUAUUGUGCUGUAAAGAAAGACCGAAUACGCACCAUCUUGGAGAUAAACAAAAGCAUGAUAUGACAUUCUCAAUUGCUUUGAAGAACAUGAUAAUAAUUAUCCUCAUCACUCCAACCUCAAUUUUCAACUGCAGGCAGUGCUUAUAUCUGUGUUGUGACACUCACAGAAUUCAUUCCAUUAGACAACACAAGUAUCAAGGGAAAGGCUGCUAAAACCUUCGUUAACGAUCUUUUAUGUAACUGACAUUGAUGAAAUUUUGUGUUCCUUGCAACCUGUAUUCAGGGACAUUUACAACUUAGCUUAGUAUCAAGGUUAAUUUAACUUGUGUUUCGAAAAGUUUGUUUUAACUUCUUACACUAAAUCUCAGAAACAAUUUGCUUGCAGAAAUAAAUGAGAUUUUGUCAGUUAAUUACUCUUUGGUACAAGAUGAAGCGCUGAGUGUACCUGGGAGACCCAAUGAUGUGUGUUUAUAAAUAUGUUUAUCUGAGGGAAAAGAGUUACACAAUUCAUCCAGAAGGAUUAAACAGUGUCUAGCUGAAAGAUGACACGCACACAGCUGUGUGGAUCAACUAUAUAUUGUAUUAAACUUGUUUGUUCUUGAACAAUCAAACUAUUUUACUUUUUCUCAGUUUUAAUAUAUUCACAAAGACUUUGUUGAACGUUUGUUUUACAGUUGAAGAUGAUAAUAAUAUGAUUAGCCAUAUUUGUUUGUCUGUAUUACUGGAUUGAAGGUCUGGCACCAAUUUCUUGAUCUCGAGCCCCUUAUAACAGAAUUAAGCUAUUAGCUCACUAUUUUUGUUUUUCAAUAAUUUGCAUACUCUUUACUGCUUUUAGAGUUUUGUUAUACUUAAUAAAGCAAUUAUUUUUAUGAUAAUCACAAUAAACUAUUUUUCAUUAAUCAAAUUCAAUUUAGGUAUGUAUUUUGGCUAUUAAAUUGAAAUAAGCUACUUCAGCCUGUUAAAGAUGCACUCUUACUCCCAAAUAAGAUUUGCCAAUAUUAAUACAAUUGUUUUAAUAUACUAAAAAGGAUGAAUACCUGUCGGAAACAAUGGUUGUUUUAAAGGAAUAUUUGAAAGGGAGACGAUAGUAGAUCACAGUAAAUCUUUUAGCACUCACCAAUCAUUUAAUAUUUUUGCGUUUUCAGCUAUUAAUUACACGGUUACAAUCUUCUUAUCAGUAAUUAAUAUUUUCUUUAAAUGCAUUAUUUAGUAAGUAGUUGAAGGUUUAUCAGUCAAAUUUAAUGUUUGUUAUACAUGUGUAUGUAUUGAUCUUGAAUAUGAGUGUCACUUUAAGCUUAAGAAGUUUCGAGAAAUAAGGGCCUGAUCAACAGAUACUUACGAUUGUUAAAGAUUUGUAUUUAUGACAAUUUAAUAAUUACAGAUAUUGUGCAAGAUUAAAAUCUUUAUAUCGAACAAGUAUGACUGUAUUUUAGUCUGUAGAAUAACAUUAAAAUUGAAAACUG